AUGACGACAUCAAAUGAGAAGCGGAACAUUUCGAGUAAGGCAAAUUGGGGUAUAUGGCCAACUAUGAAAAUCAUCGAGACGAAGCUUGACAAGAUACUGCGACCAACAUACUCCAAAUCCACAAAAUGUGGCAUAAUGUGA